AUGAUUUAUGAGAAUUUGGUGAAUGCUUUGACUCGUGUUACCCCUCUCCUCGGCUGGGGACAAUCAUGCAUGUUGGUUCCGACCGCAUCUCCCAAUGCGAAUUUUGUGGGUUUCCUGCCUAGAAACAGUAUCAUUUCCGGAGGUCCUAUCGGAUUGAAACGGAACGGUUGGAUCGUCGUAGACGCCGAAUCCGGUGGCAGUAGAGGAGCAGCAUUUGAAGCCACUUGGUCCUGGACACUGAUUGGAAGCAGAACGGUUGGAUCAGGAGCAGCAUUUGAAGCCACUUGGUCCUGGACACUGAUUGGAAGCAGAUGUUCCUGCGCAGUCGCUUGUCCAACGGCAAUUGCCCCCACUUCCGCAGGAAGCCUUGGUGCAGCACUUGAUGUUGGAAGCAUCGGCGGGACAAGCGCCGUCAAUCCGUCUCCAAGGUAUCUCCCAAAGCCAAUUGCCUCGACUAAGGUAUUACCCAAAUCAUUGCUCCAACUACCUCGCCGUAUUGAAGCCAUCUCAUCGAUUCUGGGCGUUAUCAUGUCUUGUCCAGGGAUAAUGGGUGAUCGGUCUUUUGGGCCACGGGUCAAUCAUCAGUGUCGCUCGUUUGACUUUACUUUGUUCUUUGAGGACGCAGCGUUGACCGCAUUAGUUGCUUUUCAGGUCGUCUUUCUUGCUCUGCGGACACGUUACUCCUCAUUCAAGACGACGGCAUCAAUCUCUGCCGAUGUUACAGCCGUAGCCUCAACGAUAGCAGUCUUUGCGCUCUCUGCUUUAACCCACAGAAGGUCUCAAAGGCCAUCUACACUAGUCGUUUUAUAUCUCUCCGUAUCAAGUAUUCUGGGUGUUGCACGACUUCGGACUCUAUGGCUCCUCAGCAAUGAACUUGCUGUGCCGACAAUUUUUACUUGCAUUCUCUUCCUAAGUUUGGUGGCUUUGGUCCUGGAAUCUGUUGCGGUGACGAAGCAACAGACCGAAUCAGAGCCUUUGAACAACGACAAGUAUGUAACGCCAGAACAAAACAGCGGCUUCUGGGCUAGGACUUGCUUUUGGUGGUUGGCAAGAACGUUCCGAUUGGGAUAUACCAAAGUCAUAUCUUUGAGUGAUCUUCCAGGUCUUGGUCCGAGUAUCCAAAGCCAUAGAUUGCAUACCGAGCUCACCGCUUCGUUGGACAAUUAUAAUCACCAACAUCGCCACAGUCUCCUGCGAGCCAGUCUUCGAAGUUACUUCGUCCCAUUCCUGUCGCCCAUACUCCCCCGGCUCUGUCUUACCGUUUUCACAUUCGCACAGCCAUUUCUUAUCAACACAACCGUCGCCUACGUCGCUCGAACUAGCCCCGACGCCAACUACGGCAGAGGACUGAUUGGAGCAUGGGCUUUAGUCUAUCUAGGAAUUGCGGUGAGCACCUCAGUAUAUCAAUACCACAACUUCCGUUUCGCCACGAGACUCCGCGGAGGUCUGAUCGCUCUUCUCUACCGGCACGCUGUUCAUACCAGAGAAGUCGAUUCGGGAGAGAUUACUGCUGUAACUCUCAUGGGGACAGAUGUGGAGCGAAUAUUCGGCGCCAUGUCCAUGUUUCACUCAGUCUGGGCAUCGCUUUUAGAAAUAGCUAUCGCCAGCUGGUUGCUUGGACGACAGCUAUCAGUGGCUUGCUUGGCCCCUAUUCUUCUCGUUUUAGUCUUCAUAGCAGCAACGUCUAGGAUCUCCGUAGCCACCAAAACAGCGCAGAUGCGCUGGAUCGAGAGAAUUCAACAGCGUCUACGUGUGACGACGGUCAUACUUGGCGACAUGAAGGCUGUCAAGAUGCUUGGCUUUGGUCGAGUCAUGACAGGUGUGCUUCAGAGGUUAAGAGUCGACGAGGUAGAAACCUCAAAGUCAUUCAGAAAGCUUCUUGUUACAACUUUGUUGCUUUCGCUCACUCCGAUCAAUCUGGCCCCUAUCGUAACUUUCACUAUUUAUGUCAUCGUCUCUGUGUUUUGGAAACACGCUACGUUACUACCAGCACAAGCCUUCACGUCCAUUGCCUUGAUUGCACUUCUGACGACACCGGUUGUUGAGUUCAUUCAAUUACUUCCAAUGGUGGUGCAAUCAAUUGGGUGUUUCAGUCGCAUACAAGAUUUCUGCAAUUAUACUCACGAACCUGGACUGAGCGAUGAGUCAACCGGCGACUCCCCAUCAUCAGAGCAUUCACAGGAACCAGCGUUUGGCUUGGAGUCACUUGCGAGAACUGACUCUCCUCUUUUAACACAAAAACACAUUGUUUCUUGGGAAAAUCAGUACUUUGGAUGGGGAAAGGACCAGGCGGUGUUAGAUGGUAUCACCGUCGACGUCCCCCGAGGCAUGCUGACUGUUGUAGUCGGCCCAGUAGGGAGCGGCAAAUCAAGUUUUCUGAGCGCAUUAAUAGGCGAGCUGAAGUCCAGAUCGUCGAACCGAACCACGGAGCACCCAGAGGAUAAUGAGAGAUGUGCCAUGGCUUACUGCUCCCAAUCGCCCUGGCUUGAGAAUGGAACGCUCCGGCAAAACAUACUCGGCAUCUCUAUCUUUGAGCAAAAGUGGUACGACAGCGUCGUCUCUGCUUGUGGACUCGAAGCGGACUUGCAAGCGCUUGAGAAGGGCGACUUGACUGUCAUUGGCAGCAACGGUGUGAAUCUCAGUGGGGGACAAAAACAACGUGUUGCACUUGCACGAGCUGUUUAUUCAAGAUGCAAAGUAGUCGUUCUUGACGAUGUCUUCAGUGGCAUAGACGCUCAUACCUCCUGCACUGCCACGACACGUCUCUUGGGACUCAAUGGUCUUUUCCGGCAACAUCACGUAACAGCUGUGAUUGCAACACAUGACCGCAACAUUAUGCAAUUUGCAGAUAACAUGGUUGCGAUAGAGAGCGGGAGAAUCCAAGAAGUUGGCAGCCCUAUGACUCUCGCAAGUCAAAAGGGAUAUGUCAGCAAGCUAGGGUUUAAAGCCUCCCAGUAUGAUAAUGCGAUCGAGGAGGCUGAGAUGAGCGGAAGCUCCAGGUCUCCCAUGGAGAUUGAAGUCAGUCCGGCAAACCCACAUGCUGAAGCCCCCCAUGGAAAUACCGACGUCCGGCGAAAGAAUGGAGAGAAGGCAGUCUACCUGUACUACCUAAGAAACGCAGGUCGGAAGGCUGUAGUCAUGUACACUGUCUCCGUUGUGGCCUGGAUCUUCUUUUCCGAAUUUGCAACCAUUUGGAUUAAGUGGUGGUCUGACUCCAACACGUCCGCGCCUAAUACGAGUAUUGGAUACUAUCUGGGCAUCUAUGUCACGAUCGGGAUCUUGGGCACGGUCGGCGCAUCUCUUGCCGCAUGGUUUGCCUUUCUCGACGUCGUGCCCAACACGGCGCUUGGUCUGCACAACGAUCUUCUUCAAACGGUCUUUGCAGCAUCUUUCAGGUUCUUAUCCAAGACGGAUAGUGGCGAGCUUCUCAAUAGGUUCAGUGAAGACAUGCAGCUUGUUGAUAUGGACUUGCCUGCGACCAUGGUGAACUAUACAUCAACCGCUAUCUCGGUUCUCGCAAAAGUCGUCAUCCUGGCCGUUUUCUCUCAGUACCUUGGCAUAACCCUACCUUUUCUCGCCAUCGUGCUCUUUUUCUUGCAACAAUUUUACCUUCAGACAUCACGCCAGAUAUGCCUUCUUGGAAUCGAGGCCAAGGCGCCUCUGUACACACACUUCUCUGAAUCUGUGGCCGGUGGCCCAACCAUACGCGCUUUCAGGUGGCAAUCUGAGUACCAGGAGCGCAACUACGGCUAUAUUGACACAUUUCAACGACCAAACUACGUCCAGAGUUGUAUUCAGGCAUGGCUGACCUUCGUCCUGAAUCUACUUGUAGCAGCACUGGCAGUGAUGCUGGUUUCUACAGUGGUGACUUGGCAUGACAAGUUCAGCGCAAGCAGCGUAGGCGUGAGCUUGAUUAUGGUCAUUGGCUUCAGCGAAGUUCUGGCUCGUCUCAUUCAGACCUGGACCAAACUUGAGUCGAGUAUCGGAGCGGUAGCUCGUGUCAGGCGCUUUGUAUCAGAGACGGAAACUGAGACAAGCGUCGGGAAGACUUCGCUAUCGUCCGAGUGGCCUCCUUCUGGGGCCAUAUCCUUCUCUGAUGUUUCCGCAUCGUACAGCCCUGGAGAUGGACUUGUGCUCAAAGGCGUUACUCUCACUAUCGAAGCAGGUCAGCACAUUGCAAUAUGUGGCCGGUCAGGCAGUGGCAAGACGUCUCUUGUUCUCAGUCUACUGCAGAUGAUGCAUGUGACGAAAGGCAUCAUCAAGCUAGACAGUGUAGAUCUUGCGACAGUGGUGCCAAACGAUCUUCGCUCCCGAAUCAAUGUGGUUACUCAAGACCCGUUUUUGGUGCCAGGAACAGUUCGUUUCAACAUCGACCCGUUCGGCGUCGUCUCGAAUGACGGAGAAAUUCCUCGCGCCUUGGAAAAGGUUGGGCUUUGGGGUAUUGUUUCGAGACAAGGUGGAUUAGACAAGGAGAUGGACUCUUCCGCGUGGUCAGCAGGACAGAAACAGCUUCUCUGCCUGGCUAGAGCCAUAGUGCGGAAGUCCAGGGUCUUAAUACUGGAUGAGGUCAUGAGCAGCGUUGAUGCUGCGACUGAAUCGGUGAUGCAGAAUGUGGUUGACACCGAAUUUGCGGGCUGUACGGUAUUGGCGGUGAUGCAUCGACUUGGACAUGUGGGCCAAUACGACAAAGUCGCUUUGCUCGGGGAUGGAGAGGUCCUGGAAUUUGGUGAUCCACAAGAACUGAUUUCAGGAAACACUCAGUUCUCUGAACUGUACAGAAUGGGUGGCAACUAA